AUGAGCAAGGUCUUCACCGCAGACGAAGUCGCACAGCAUAAGAAGGAGGGUGACCUCUGGAUUGUCGUCGAUUCCAAGGUCUAUGAUAUCUCCAAGUUCGCCGCGAUGCAUCCGGGCGGCUUGUCCGUCUUGCUGGAUGAGGAUGUUGCCGGAAAGGACGCGACGGAGGCUUUCUUCAGUUUGCACCGUCAUGAAGUCCUCGAGAAGCCUCAGUUCAAGCGCUUAGUGAUCGGCACCCUAGCCGGCGCUAAGCAAACAAUCUUCGCUCGCCCCGCCGGUGCUCUUAGCGACGUUCCUUACGCUGAGCCCUUCUGGCUUUCCAAGGGCUACCAUAGCCCCUACUACAAGGAGUCGCAUCGCCGUUUGCAAGCUGCCUAUCGUAAGUUCGUGGAGGAAGUCAUCGUCGGCGAUGCCCAAGCCCGCGAAGAGGAUGGCAAGCGUCCGAGCCAACGUGUCUUCGACGAGAUGGCCAAGCAGAACCUCAUCGCGAUGAGAUUUGGCCCCGGCCCUCAUCUCAAGGGCUUGGAGCUCAUGGGUGGAGUUGUCAAACCAGAAGAGUUUGAUUACUUCCACGAGUUGAUUUUGGGCCAGGAAACUGUUCGCGUCAAUGCUCGUGGCUACACCGACGGUCUGGGUGGCGGAACUUACAUCGGUCUCCCUCCCAUCCUAAACUUUGGUCAGCCUGCCCUCCGCGAAAGGAUCGCCAAGGAGGUUCUCGCUGGCAAGAAGUUCUGUGCAUUGGCCAUUACUGAAGCCUUUGCCGGAAGUGAUGUUGCUGGACUGCGCUGCAUGGCCAAGCGCGUCGAGAACGGUUGGAUCGUCACCGGAACCAAGAAGUGGAUUACCAACGGCACCUUUGCCGAUUACUUCACCGUUGGAUGUCGUACCGAACAGGGUGGAUUGGUUGUCCUUCUCAUCGAGCGUGGGGAGGGCGUCGAGACUAAGCCCAUCAAGACAUCAUACUCGACUGCUGCCGGUACUGCCUAUGUCACCUUCGAAAACGUCUUCGUCCCUUACGAAAACACGCUGGGCAAGGAGAACAAGGGUCUCCAGGUCAUCCUCUCCAACUUCAACCACGAGCGAUGGGGAAUGUGCACUGGUAGCAUUGCUGCUCAACGAUUGGUCGUUGAAGAAUGUCUCAAGUGGGUCAACCAACGCAAAGUGUUCGGCAAGCCCCUCCAUUCCCAAGCUGUCAUUCGAGCUAAGCUUGCCGCCAUGAUUUCUCGAGUUGAAAGUGCGCAAGCAUGGCUCGAGAACAUCACCUACCAAAUGAACCAUAUGAACUAUGCAGAGCAAGCCGACAAGUUGGCCGGUCCCAUUGCUCUGCUCAAACGCUACGCUACUUCUACUGCCCAAGAGACCGCCCGAGAUGCUGUCCAAAUCUUUGGUGGACGGGGUAUUACGAGAACCGGUAUGGGUCGAUUCAUCGAACACUAUCACCGCACAGUUCCGUUCGACGCUGUUCUUGGUGGUGCUGAAGACGUUCUUGGCGAUUUGGGAGUCCGACAAGCUCUGCGGAAGAUGCCAAAAGACACCCGUCUGUAA